ACUGCAUCCAGAGAUGAGCUAGCUUUUUGAACCUGGCUGAUAACGAACGCAAGCGUGGCAGCAAAGACACAGACAAGGAAGGCGGUAACAUGACACAUCAUUCGACUGUGUUCUGUACAGCUUGGUCAGAUCGGGCUUUGGACAGUGGAAGGGAUAAGUAAUCAGAGUCUUGACAGGAAACGUGGUCGUCAGAGUGACGCCUAGGAGAUGAGACGAAGGAUUUGUCUACGUGGCAAGGAAGCCGGCGGCCUUUCUCCAUGCCCCACGUGUCUCUGGAGGAUGAUCUCGAGGGAUCGACUUCGCCGAAAUUGGCUGCGUUCCGCAAAGCGCUGCGAGCUCCCCGGGAAUUGUGCGUCAGCAGUGGUGCCUGAGCUCUGGGCGUCUGAACAGCUGCAGACCAUCUGGCCAUUGUGUAGUGUUCAUCUCACUCAGACGAUUCGAUCACCAGGAGAUUCGACAAAGAGAGACCCUUCGACAUCACUCAGACAAACAGUCUACCCCGCCUCUCGGUCAGCGCUUGCCGGCCCGGGUCAGCCUCCUUGCGAGAAUCUCGCCGUCGCUUCCUGUCCUCAUCAAGCGUCUUGCGAUCUCUUGCUCGAAUAGGCUCGACACAGACCCUCGGUCCCGUACUACUGCAAGGCAGAGUUCUAAUCACAGGCGCACUGCCAAUCACCCACCAUGUCGGGCAAGAUCAAGGCUAUCUUGAACAAGCGUC